CCCGCGACGUCGCGACGCGUCAACAAUGGCGACUGCGUCAACAAUGGCGACUGCGUCAGCGUGAGCGGGCCUCCGUUGUCAAGCGGUUUCCAGACGUUGUGGCGGGACCCGCCGUCGUCUUAGAAUCGGCCGCCGGGGAGCACAGAGCACCUUGUGUCCGCUCCCGCCGCGUUGUGGCUCGAGUGGCGGUGUCAAGAUCCAGCGGGGCGAGCUAGCGUCACUUCGGCCUCUUCGCUCUCCCGGACACUGCACCUGGGCUAAGUCGGCAACAUGAGCAACAACUUGGAUGAGAACGACGAGUUUGAUGAGCAGUUGCGAAUGCAAAAAUUGUACGGAGGCUCUGAGGACGGCGACACCGAGAAAGAUCCCGGUGGAGAAACCGAUUCUUUCCAGCAGCAGCCGACUGACACCCCAUACGAGUGGGACCUGGAUAAGAAGGCUUGGUUCCCCAAGAUCACUGAAGAUUUUAUUGCUACAUAUCAGGCCAGUUAUGGCUUUUCUAACGAUGGUGCGUCUAGUUCUACUGCGAAUGUCCAAGAUGUCAGUGCUAGGACUGCAGAGGAACCUCCGCAAAGAAAAUCCCCCGAACCCAGUGAUACCAAAAAGAGGGGAGAAAAGAGAAAGGGUGAAUCAGGAUGGUUUCAUGUUGAAGAAGGCAGAAACACAAAUGUGUAUGUUUCUGGUUUGCCUCCAGAUAUUACAGUGGAUGAAUUUAUACAGCUCAUGUCCAAGUUUGGCAUUAUUAUGAGAGAUCCUCAAACAGAAGAAUUUAAGGUCAAGCUUUACAAAGAUAAUCAAGGAAAUCUUAAAGGAGAUGGACUUUGCUGUUAUUUGAAGAGAGAAUCUGUGGAUCUUGCAUUAAAACUUUUGGAUGACGAUGAAAUUAGAGGCUACAAAUUACAUGUGGAGGUGGCAAAGUUUCAACUGAAAGGGGAAUAUGACGCCUCAAAGAAGAAAAAGAAGUGCAAAGACUACAAGAAAAAGCUGUCUAUGCAACAAAAGCAGUUGGAUUGGAGACCUGAGAAAAGAGCUGGCCCGUCCCGACUGCGCCACGAGCGAGUUGUCAUCAUCAGAAAUAUGUUUCAUCCUAUAGAUUUUGAGGAUGAUCCACUGGUGCUGAACGAGAUCAGAGAAGACCUUCGGGUGGAAUGUUCGAAGUUUGGACAAGUUAGGAGGCUCCUCCUCUUUGAUAGACACCCUGAUGGUGUGGCCUCUGUGUCCUUUAGGGAUCCGGAGGAAGCUGAUUAUUGUAUUCAGACCCUCAAUGGAAGGUGGUUUGGUGGCCGUCAAAUCACUGCCCAAGUGUGGGAUGGGACUACAGAUUAUCAGGUGGAGGAGACCACGAGAGAAAGGGAGGAAAGGCUGAGAGGAUGGGAGGUUUUCCUCAACACUCCCGAAGCCAACAGAGGCCUUCAGCGUUCAGAUUCCGUCUGGGCUCCAGAAAGGGUGGGGCCUUCUAGAAUGAGGCAUUUUUCAGAGCACCCUUGCACAUCUCAAACGAAUGUUCAAGAAGCCGCAACUGAAAUGGCAUUUGAAGAACCUAUAGAUGAAAAGAAGUUUGAAAAAACAGAAGAUGGGGGAGAAGUUGAAGAAGCUGCUUCUGAAAAAGAUGCUAAAGAAAGUGGCCCUGAAAAAGAGGCUGAAAAAGGCUGUCCCCAAAAAGAAUCUGAAGAGAGCUGCCUCAAAAGAGAGUUUGAGGAAGGCUGUCCCAAAAGAGCGCGUGAAGAAGACUUCCCCGACAGAGAGUCCGGAGAACGCAGCCCCGAGAAAGAGCAUGAAGAGGGUAGUCCUAAAAAAGAGUCGAAAGAGAAUGGUGCAGAAAGAGAGCCCAAAAAGAAGAGACUCAAAACAGAUCCUGAUGAGAACAGCCUUGAGCAGGAGCCUGAGGAGGAGGCCAGCCCCCAGAAGGCGGCUGAAGAUGGCAGCUCAGAACAAGGGUCUGAAGAGUGCUCGGAAAAGCAGUUUGAAGACGACUCCGAAAAAGAGUUAGAAGAAAACGGCCUUGAGAAAGGUUUUGAGGAAGAGGGCUCGGAGAAGGAACUUAAUGAAAACAUUCUUGAGAAAGAGGUAGAAGAAAAUAACUCUGAAAAAUCAGAAUUCGAAGAUGACAGCUCUGGGAAAAUGUUUGAUGAAGAAGGCUCUGAGAAGGAGUUUGACGAAGAGUCAGAUGAGAAGGAAGAAGAGGAAGAUGUGUAUGAAAAAGUAUUUGACGACGAGUCGGAUGAAAAAGAGGACAAAGAAGUUGCAGAAGAAAAGGGACUGGAAGAUGUGGUUGAAAAGGACAAAGAAGACGAUGCAGAUGAAAAGGUGUUUGAAGAUUCAGAUGGAAAAGAAGAUGAGGAAGAUGCAGAUGUAAAGGAAGAUGAAGACACAGAUGAAAAGAUGUUCGAAGAUGAUGAUUCCAACGAGAAGUUGUUUGAUGACGAUGCCAGUGACAAUUUGUUUGAAGAUUCCGAUGAGAGAGGGACUGUGGGUGAUUCAGGGAAUGUUAAGGAGGAAGGGCCCCUGUCCACAGGCAGCAGCUUUGUCCUCAGUAGUGAUGACGACGACGAAGACGAUGAUGACGUUUAAUCCCUUAAACUUGCUUUGUAGGGUGAUUCCUCCAUCUCCGUUUUGCCUCUGCUCCAGGGUAAUUACUAGUAGUGUUACAUGAACGUGUGCAUAGAGGUAGGAUGCCCUCAGAUCAAUGCAGUGAAGUGUUCGUGAUUAUCUGUACUGGCCGAUUUUAAAUAUAUGUGAACAAGUCAACUGGAUUCUUGUCUUUUGUCAUAUUGGUUAAGUGCAUGCAGAAUAAUAUUUUUUAAAAUAUUCUGAUUGAAGUUUGUGAUAUUCAGAAAUUAAAAAUAAGUUGUUAAUAUGCAGAAACAGAAAAUUAGACCUGAGUUAAAUUGCAUUUUUCAUUCUUGCUAUUGCUUUAUUCAUACUAAGGUUUGGUUUUUCUAAGGACCUGAAAAAUCCCUGUAGGAGUCUCCUUGCUUCAGCUUAUGAUGUUACCACUGAUGUCCCCAUUUCCCCUCUCUAAACCAAAACAUGUUACUAAAACUUAUGAAGUAAAGAACACUUCGGAGUUUUUCCCUGCCCGGUCCUCGCAAGUUACUUUUAUUUUUCUUUUCUACCCUCUUGCCAUGAAAAUUGAGUCUUAAACGUGCAAAAGUAAACUUCCCAAGGUCCACAGCUUCCAUUAUUGAAAAUACAGAGGAAAUCAGAAUUCUCCCGUGUACUGUUUGGGCCCCUCUAGAAGCUGAUUAAAGUUACAGGACCUUUACCCAGAAAAAUCUAUGCAUGCACUACACAAUCUUUUGUAUACAGUUUGGGGUGGUUCAUGGAUCCCCUGGAGUUUAAGAACUUUUGUCAUGCAUAUUUCAGAUGUUUGCUUUUGAUUUUGUUCUAGAAUCAUGGUAUCUAGUAUAUGCUAAGUUGUGUAGUCCCAAUAAAAAUUUGGGUCUUUCUUGACUGUGCUUUCCAAAUUCAGUAUUGGUGAAUUGACUUCUGAUGUAGCAUUAAGAAGUUAUUCUCAUAAAUUAGAAGAAUUAAAAUAAACUGCAUUGGUGCUUUC